AUGCAGCGCAACGGCCACGGCGACCCCGUCAAUGCUGUUGCGCAAGACAUACCUCUGCUACCUGGCACUGUUCCAUUACCGCAGGCAUCAGCUUCGACGACUGUCAUUGAUUGGGAUUGGGAUGUUGAACACCAUGACCGACGGCUUGAAGCUAAAGCCGACGCAGCAAUGCACGGCGCACAGCCUUUUCAAGUCGACCGAAGGGUCCUUAAAGACGUCGUACGAGAGAUGACAGGCUGCGAAGUUGGCCGAAUAAAGUUCAUGAGUUCCGGGACUUUUCAUAAGGCAAGUGCAUAUCUCGUUACUCUUGUUGACGCGCGCGAGCUGGUCGCUCGCGUCGCUCGUCGGUUCAUGCCUCGCCUCAAAACUGAAUCUGAGGUGGCCACCAUGCACUACCUUCGCCAACGGACGUCCAUUCCUGUUCCGGAUGUCUAUUAUUAUGAUGCAAAUCCCUACAAUCGCCUAGGGGGUGAAUAUAUCCUCAUGUCGAAGGCGAAAGGGGUUCCCUUGUCACGCGUAUACCACACACUCUCUAAUCAAGAACUCAAAUCUCUGUUCGCAAAUGUUGCAGCUAUCAUAGUACCUCUGUUCGCACAGCGAUUCUCCCACAUCGGAUCACUAUAUUUGGAAGGCGCGGGCACAGGCGCACCCACCCCUCUCUCGGUCGGGUCAUCAAAUUCCCCGACACCAACCGCGACGCGUCCUACCAUCAACGGCUUUAAAUUCAUGCCACUGUUAUCUAUGAGCUCCUUUUCCAAUGUCACAGCACCCCUGGAGAGAACAGUCUCACGACCAACUCCAGCUAGAGUGCCUCAUAUUGGUCCCAUCGUAUCAUGGCCCUUCUUCGGAUCCAAUCGCGGGGACCUCUCCCAUCCGGAUGAGAUUAACCGUGGCCCGUGGUCUAGUACUCAUUCGUAUCUUGCCUCAUGCGUGGACCGGGAGGUUCGUGGCGUUGUUCUCGAGAAUGAGGGCAAGACGGCACCGCACCGGCUACAUCUUGACCCGGACGAGAUUCAAUCUUCUCGGCAUCACCACUUGAACGCAGUACCCGGUGAUCAGAGUGACGACAGUGACGAAUGGGACGCACAGGAGAGUGAGGAGGAAUGGGAUGGCCCUGGUGAUGUCAUGUACAGGGAUUACAGGCGCAUGCAGAGAAGCACGUUCCUAAUUGCCCACAUCAUGCGACGUGAGGAAUCUGUACGAAAAGAGAUGGGUCGCUGGAUGCGCAUGAUGGAGAGACUCGGGGCGUGCGCGGAUCAUUCUGGGGAGAAAGAAGAGUUCGGCCUGGACUGUCACGACAUAAGCUUGGAGAACGUGUUCGUCAACGAAAACAACCCCACGGAAAUAACAUGCGUUAUUGACUGGGAAUCUACAACUACCCGGCCCCUCUGGGCAUGUGCGCAUCUUCCAACCUUCCUGCAAUCCAGUCCAUUCACGACUCGUAUGUUCCGAGAAGCAGUCGAGGAUUUGGCUUGUGGCCGAGCUCCUCGGCCAACGCACCCAGGAAAGAACAAUGGCAAACCCGUGAAUGCUGUUACGGUCGCAAAAGAGUGGCUGCAUUACGAAGCCAUCGGUGCACGGUUGCGCAUGGCUCACAGGUGUGUCGAAUGGGACGGAUGGGAGGAAGGCCUCGUCGACAGUAUACUUGGGCCCGAGGACACUGAGGACGAAUGGUUCAAAGAUGCCGAGUGUACUGCAGAUGCGCUGUCUGCCUCGAGUGCGCCUGUGUGCGCAGAGAGCCAAGCGAGCAGCUGUACUAAUUCCGGUGUUCUGCAGGCUGCAUCAUUCAAGCGACGAAAGAAGGCUGGUCACAUACCCUUGAAGAAGGAGCGGGAAAAAGAGCAGAUGUUAAAUACCACUGGAGAUAUCUGUGGCGGGCGAGGCGGGGAAUUGGGACGCAGACUCGAGGCCUGGCUGAGCGUCAACGGGGACGGGACGAGGAAGAAUUGGGACGAGGAGUAUGAUGCGGAGGCGGAGUGA